AUGGCCCCUCCGCAAUACAUUAUCAAUGCUCAUAUUUUUGGCGAGACCUAUGACAACGAAGAAGUUGGUUUUCUGUUUAGAAACACUGAGGUUAAACGAUUUUGUUUAAGCAGAAAAGCAAAUUUCAGUUACUUCAAAGGGAGAUUAGAGACGAAGCUUGCAAUGGGUGGUGUAUCCCAGAUUUUUUACCAAUAUCGAUUUCUUCGUGGAGACAACCCGGUCAAGUUUAUCCAAGUUGAGAUCAAAGACGAUGAAGACAUGCAGAAUAUGUUUGCCAAUCAUGAGUAUUCUGGUUACGAAUGCAUAGAACUGUAUGUUACUCUACCAGAAGUUCAAACCACACAAAUGGUUGAGUCACAAGUCAUUGAUGCACUUGGAGACGAGCAAGAAGAGGUCGACGUUGUAGAUGAAGAAGAAGAAGCACCAGAAAUAGAAGUUGAUAACCUGGUAAACGAGGAAAGUGAAGAUGAACCGGAAGUUGUUGUACCACGAGAUCAAGUGCAUAUGCCUCCAGUGCACAUGAGGAACCUGAAUUUUGAUGGGGAUGACGAACCAUCGACUGAUAUUUUCUAUGAUCCAUACACCCAAACAGAUCAACGGUUAAAAGUAGGAGACAAAUUUCGUUCUAAGGAGGCAUGUAUCAUGGCCAUAAAAAGAUUUCAUAUGGCAAACAAUGUUGAUUUUAGAGUUGAUCGCGCCAAUGUCGAAAGGUACAAAAUUUACUGUAGUAACACUGAUUGUGGAUUCAGGUUGCAUGCAUCAUACAGGAAGAGAAGUGACUCAUGGGUUAUAGGAUAUAUUUCCCAAGAUCACACAUGUAUUAACACAAAUGUUUCACAAGAUCACCGUAAGCUCAGUUAUGACAUCAUUUGUCAAGAAAUCUUGCCUCUAGUUGAAAAAGAUCCAUCGUUAAAGGUGAAAACGAUAAUCUCUCAUAUCGUUGCAACGUACAACUACACUCCGUCUUAUAGAAAGGCGUGGCUGGCGAAGACCAAGGCGAUCGAAGUUGUGUAUGGAAAUUGGGAGGAUUCGUAUAAACGACUCCCACAUUUCUUAUAUGCGCUUCAAAUUUAUGCUCCUGGAACUGUUACUAUUUUAGAGACCCUUCCGGCGCAAUCUCCAGACGGAACAUCACUUCAAGGAAAUAUAAAGGACAGGGCUCUUCGGAAGACUCUUGUAAAUGUCGGAUAUGCGUUGACGCAACCGACGUUCCAAUAUUAUCGACAAGAAAUUGUAGCGGCAAAUCCAGAUGCAGGCAGAUGGGUUGACAGUCUUGCUAGAGAGAAAUGGACCAGAUCAUACGACAACGGGAAGCGAUGGGGGCACAUGACUACGAAUCUUGUGGAGUCUAUGAACGGGGUGUUUAAGGGCAUCAGACACCUUCCGAUUACUGCCUUGGUGGAAGCAACAUACUAUAGGAUGGCUUCUCUUUUCGCAAGAAGAGGCAACAGAGACAUGAAAAUUCGUACCUCUGGGUAUAUGAGACGGAUAGCUUAA